CUCAAAAUAGAUCAUAGGAAAUCUUAUAUGGCUUCAUAUUAUGAUGAACACGAUUGUGACACUGACACACCGAUUAAUAGUGGGAGAUUGUCUCAAGUUGAUUUAAUGGAAUUAGUUCGUGUUCUUUUAUCUAAUGGAGAUUCGUCAGGAAUUGACGGACUUGAUAAUAUCUUAAUGGGAGGGGCGGAAGAUUUUGGUCUGGCACCUCCUGCUUCAAAGGCAGCAAUUGAAAGUUUAGAACGACGCCACAUAACAGAAGAGGAACUUAGAAAUGAACUAAAAUGCCCUGUAUGUCUCGUUCCAUUUGAUGAAUCAGAAACUGCAUUAGAAAUGCCCUGUGAACAUAUAUAUCAUGGACAAUGUAUCUUACCUUGGUUAAAUAAAACAAAUUCAUGUCCGAACUGUCGACAUGAAUUACCAACAGAUGAUAAAAAUUAUGAAAAUAGGAAAAAGAAAGAGCAAGAGGAAAAAGCACGAGAAGAUCGGGUCAAGGAAUAUCAUGAUUCAAUGUUUGGUUGAUAAAGAGUCGUCUGAACUAAAUAGAUAUGCACUUCACCUCUCUUUUUGGCCAAUUUGUUUUUUUGUACGUAUUUCGUAUUGUAUUAUAGUACUGUAUUUACAAUUCUUUUUAAUCAUAAAUUACUUGAAAGCUCAAUUUUCGGCAAUAUUAUUAAACUUUUGGUUUCUUGA